AUGGCAUCGACCUCUGCUGCAGAGACUUCCUCGGCAACAAAGGAACCUCCAAAUUGGUUGAAAAUGCCUGAAGAACUGACGGUAAAUAUAUUUCAUAGAUUGUGUACUUCAGAAAUACUCAACAGGGCAAGGAAAGUAUGUACACCUUGGCGGAGAAUUUGCAAGGAUCCGGCAUUGUUGAUAGCCAUCGAUAUGAUCAAACCUGUUGAUGACUGGUCCAGGGAUUACACCAUAGAAACGCUGACCAAGCAGGCAGUCCAUCUAAGUUGUGGGGAAUUGAUCGAUUUCAGUAUCGAGGGAUUUGGCACAGACGAUCUCCAUGAUCACGUUUUGCUACGGUCAAAUAAGCUGAACCGUCUUUGCCUUACAAACUGCUAUAAUAUGACGAGUAGUGGGUUGAGUCAAGCAGUCAAAAAAGUACCACAAUUGGAGAAACUUCACCUUACUUAUAUCUCUACCAAAGCAGAAGACAUUGAAGUUAUUGGAUGGAAUUGCCCUCGGCUAAAGUCCUUCAUAUUGGCCAAAGAGUACUUCAGUGAACCAUUCAUCGAAAGUAACAAAGAUGCCCUUGCCAUUGCGAAUAGCAUGCCUGAGUUACGCCAUUUACAGCUGUCUAAUAGUAACAUCACAAAUGAUGGACUUCAGGCCAUUCUUGAUGGCUGCCAUUACCUUGAAUCCCUAGACGUUCGUAUGUGUUAUAACCUCGAUCUUCAUGGAAAUUUAGGAGGACUGUGUAUGGAACGAAUCAAGGACUUUAAGCAUGACUCUACUGAAAACAGCAGGAUUCAUCCUCAAAUUCAUGACUAUGAUUACCUUGAUGAUCUGGAUUUCCCCAGGCGUUCCUAUGUGGAUGACUAUUCUGAAGGUGACAGCCUUGAAGACUUGAUCAGGCAAUUGGAAUAUGAAGGAAUUGUAAGGUAUCGUAGGUUUCGUUGA